AUGGCUGCGCUCGUGCAUUUGAUAGACACCCUCGCGAGGGUGAACGACAACCCCUCAACCUUAAGUUUGCCUACGCUCGAUUCCUUGCGCGGCCUCCUGCGACGCGCAGAGAAGGAGGUCAAUGCAUCCAACAACUCCUAUCUCCCCGCGGUCCGACUGCCUCCGGAGAUCCUUCAGUACAUCUUCCGCCUGGCUUCCUUCCAAGUCAAGAAUGAUCUGCAGUCGAAGCUCGGGAAUACGGGUUUGUCGGGCGACAUAUGGAGUGUUGUCGAGCCCGUCCCCGCCAAGGUCGCCACAAUUUCUGGUGUAUGCCGCCGUUGGCGCUCCGUAGCCAUCGCAGAUUCCGCGCUUUGGAGCAUGAUCACUGACCGUCGGGACCGCCGACCCCUUGCGAUCUCGCGCCAGUCCGGCAGCGCGCCCCUCGAGCUCCGGCUGCUCGCCUCGCCCUCUGACGCACUGCGCUCCCUCUUCCAGUCUGACGGCCACCGCAUCAAAUCCAUCGAAUGGGACAAGGCGAACGCACGCACGCACGACCUCAACAUCCUCGCCUCGUCCGCAUGCCGCCUCGAGAAACUCAUCCUCGGCAUGAACCGCCACCUGGCCUGCAUCGACUCCGCGGAGCUCACCGCGUGCUUCGCGACGCAGGCCCCGUCCCUCCGGCAGCUCACCCUGCGCGACUGCGCGUUGCUGCCCGAGAACGAGUUCCCCCGCCUGACGAGCCUGCACCUCGACGGGUGCCCCGGCCCGGACGCGUGCCACGGCGUCAUGGGCAUGCUCGCGCGCGCGCCGCACCUCACUGACCUCGUCCUCAGCCGCCUUCGCAUGUCCGGCGCGCCCCCGCCCGUCGCGCUCCCCUGCCUCCGCCGCCUCGUCUGCGCGGACAUCCCCGGCGGCGACCUCGCGCGCUUCCUCGCGCAUGUGGACCUCCCUGAGGACGCAUCCCUCCGCUUGCACGGCACCGACCCGGACCCCGCGCUGUUCGCCGCGCUCGCCUGCACGCCCGCGAUGCGCGACGCCACGGAGCUGUGCGUGUCGGCGGAGGGCGAGGUCGUGGUGGCGGGCCCUGCCGCUGCCGUGUGCUUCGUCCAGCCGAAGGGCCGCCGCGCCGCGCCCGCGUGGGACGCACACGCCGUCCUCCGGAACGUCCUCUCUGCGACGCGCAUCCGGAAGCUGUGGCUUCUCGGCGAGCGCAUCGGCGACCCGAGGCGUGGUCUGGGCCUGCCCGUGCUCCCCGCGUCCGUCGACACCGUUGUUGUGCAGGAUGUCGCGCUGGCGGUCGCCCUGGGUGUGCUUCCAGGCGGGUCGAGCGCCGUUACUGUGCACGUCCUGAUGACGCGCUUCAUGUCUGCGAGUGUCGUCCUCGCGAAGCUCGCACAGCAUCCGGGUGCGAAGCGCACGAAUGUCGUGGUCGGGUAUUUGCCUUCGUAUAAAGGGGACCGGGCGCGCCCGUCAGGGUCCGAGGGCGCGUUUGCCUCGUUGAGGUUCGAGGAGUACGCGGAGGAGCCGAGAGUGGCCCUCCCGGAGGCGUGCUUGGAGCGCGCGCAUUGUCUCUGGCCCGCGUGGGUCGAGUGA